AUGAGGCUUGAUUGGUACUCAAAACCUGAGAAGCAAAAAAAGAUUCAGGCUGAGCUAUACCAGGGCGUGGUUGAUGUGCUUUCUUCUGGAGAGAAGCGGUUCCGCAGUUGGAGGAGAGAUGACGGAUGGCGUGUCAAGAUUAGAGGUGCAGUGUUAGACAACAGGUGGGUGGUCCCAUAUAAUCCUGGACUGCUUAUGCGGUAUAACUGUCACAUCAAUGUUGAGGCUUGUGCAAGCAUCAAAUCUGUGAAGUACCUCUAUAAGUAUGUGUAUAAAGGACACGACUGUGCAUCUUUCUCGGUUGAUCCAACUGGGGAAAUAAACGAGAUACAACAGUACAGAAAUGCCAGAUACGUGACACCACCAGAGGCUAUAUAUAGGAUGCUUGGUUUCCCACUGUUCGGUAUCUAUCCAGCUGUUCUGCAGCUCCAACUUCAUCUUCCUAACAUGCAGUAUGUCACGUAUAAUGAGGAUGGUAAUCUUGAGGAUGUUGUAAAUCGUCCAUCUUCUACCAGGACAACUCUUACGGAGUAUUUCAAAAUGAAUCAAGUAGACCCGGAAGCAAGGAAGCUGCUAUACAAGGAGUUCCCUGAACUCUACCGUUGGAUAACCGGACAGAAUGUGUGGCAGAAAAGGAAAAUGAAGAGAGGCCAAGUUGGACGGGUUGUGUACGCUCACCCUGCAGAGGUGGAGAGAUACUACUUGAGAGUGCUCCUCAACCACGUGCGAGGUGCAACCUCAUUUGAAGAUUUGAGGACAGUGUCAGGUACUUCAUACUCUACCUUUAGAGAGGCAUGCGAGAAGAGAGGGCUUGUGGAGACGGAUAAGUCACAUGAUGAUUGUUUGAAUGAGGCAUCCACUUUCCAAAUGCCAUUUGCUUUGCAUCGAUUAUUUGCAACCAUAUUGGUAUUUUGCGAAGUCACUGAUAUCCGUGCACUAUGGGACAAUCACAAGGAUGCAAUGUCUGAAGAUUAUAGCCGAGGGAACACUAACCCUGCAGUAGUAGAGAAGAUGGUGCUACGAGACAUACAUGAUUUGCUUCAUUCCAUGGGAAAGGAUAUCACGGAGUAUGGUCUUCCCGAGGUCAUUGAUAUAGGUGAACGUUGCAACGACGUAAUGACAGAGAUUAUAGAGGAACUUAACGUGCUAGUGGAUCAAGACCAUUUAGACAUAUACACAUCCCUUAAUGAUGAGCAGCGUGCAAGAUUUGAUGAGAUCAUUGAUCAUGUAACUAAUAAAAAGAGCCAGGUAUUUUUUAUCGACGGCCCAGGUGGCACUGGCAAAACAUUUAUGUACAAGGCGUUUCUUGCUAGAGUGCGGUCCAAGGGAUUAAUAGCCAUUGCAACUACGACGUCAGGUAUAGCAGCGUCGAUUAUGCCUGGAGGAUGUACCGCACACUCGAGAUUCAAAAUCCCUAUUAAGAUUGCUCACAAUAGCAUGUGCAACUUCACGAAGCAAAGUGGCACCGCGGAAUUGCUUCACAUGUCGUCCUUAAUUAUUUGGGAUGAAGCUGCAAUGACGAAGCGUCAAGCCGUAGAGACCCUUGAUAGGUCUCUUCAAGACAUUAUGGGUUGUUCAUUGCCAUUUGGAGGAAAGUUUAUUGUUUUUUGCAGUGAUUUUAGACAGGUACAUCCCGUGGUUACACGUGGGACAAGGGCCCAGAUAACUGAUGCAACAUUACAGAGAUUGUAUUUAUGGGAUAAUAUUAGGAAGAUCAGAUUGUCACGUAACAUGAGGGCUCAAUCUGAUCUAUGGUUUUCGGAAUAUCUCCUUAGAAUUAGAAAUGGCACUGAAAACACUAUCAGAGAUGAUUAUGUUCGCUUGCCUGAUGAAAUUGUGAUUGCUUAUGGGGAUAGUGAGGAUUCAGUACACGAAUUGAUUAAUCAUGUGUUUCCCUCGCUUGAAGAUGAAAAGAAUGCAAGCUCUGCAUCUUAUAUGAGCACACGUGCUAUUCUAUCCACUAAAAAUGAUUAUGUGGACAAGCUGAAUGCGGAUAUGAUUGACAGAUUUCCAGGGCAGGCCAAGGUUUAUCACAGCUUUGACUCUGUUGAUGAUGACCCUCACAACAGUUAUCCUCUGGACUACCUUAACUCUAUCACUCCAAAUGGUCUCCCACCACACGAGCUAAUAGUAAAAAUCAAUUGUCCCGUGAUUCUUCUUCGCAACCUUGAUCCAAAUAAUGGAUUGUGCAACGGGACUAGACUAAUGGUUAGAGCUUUUCAAGAUAAUGCAAUUGAUGCUGAGAUUGUUGGUGGACAACAUGCCAGCAAAAGGGUGUUCAUCCCACGGAUCCCUUUGUCUCCCUCCGACGAUAUAUCUCUACCUUUCAAAUUCAAGAGGAAGCAAUUCCCAAUACGUCUCAAUUUCGCAAUGACCAUUAACAAAUCUCAAGGACAAACCAUCCUAAAUGUUGGGAUCUAUCUUCCAGAGCCCGUGUUUUCACAUGGUCAGCUAUAUGUCGCAUUGUUAAGGGGUAUGUCAAGGCUAACAACAAAGAUUUUGGCUAAGCCAAAGAAAGAAGUUGAUUCAACAGGGAAGAGCACUAGAAAUAUCGUGAAUAAAAACGUUCUUGACUGGUGA